ACCGCCUCGGCCAUGAGUCCAUGACUUCGGCCGCAGCCUCCAAAGAUGAGAGGGACACCCGCGCCGUUCUGCUCAUGGACGCCAUCUUCUCGCUCGCGGCGGGGCCCCGGGCGCGCGUCCUGGAGCGCGCAGCGGCCCGCAUCCCCGGCUGCCUCUACAUCUGCCUCUGGGCGCCGAUGAUCGCCGCCGGCCUGCCCCCUUCCAGCCAUUUGCUUUGCGUGGACGCGUGGAUCACCAACGGCGGCGGCGGCGAUCGCACAAGGGCGGCGUUCGAUGAGUACCGGAGAUCGUUCUGCGCCGUCGUGAGCGGCUGCGUGCCCGGCUGGGCGUACAAGGACCGCCGCCCGUACAUGGAGCUGUCGGAGCCGGACCUCACGUCGUCGGCGUCGCUGCCGGAGCAGCUGCAGUUCUACCACGAAGCCGGCACGAAGAUGGCGGUGUUCAUGGGCUGCGACAACGGCGAGAUCGAGGUCGGGCUGUCGAGCACCUCGGCGCCGCCGGCGGUGGCGAGCCACGUGCAGCAGUCGCUCCUGGAGGAGCUCAUGCAGGCAGCGCCAACGGUGCCUUCGUCUUCGUCGUCCUCCAUGCCGUCCGUCUCUAUCGGGAGCCCCGAGUACUCCUCGUUCAUCCGCUCAAUGGCCACGUCGGCUGCUGCCGCCACGUCGGCCGCCGAGCCAUCGUCUUCUCAACAACUGCAGCAGCACCCGGUUGGGCCACCGCUGCCCGGCCCCGGCUUGCCCGCGCCGCCGCCGGUGUAUGGCCCACACGGCCAAGCGUCGUUCCUGGACCCCGAUAACGAGGUGGCUGCAAUAAUGACGCAGGCAAUUCUCGCCGUCAUCUCCUCCUCCGCGCCGCCACCGCCGGCAUCCAUCGCGGUGCCUUGGAGGGGCGCGUUCAGAGCGUACAACGCGGCGCUCUCGCCGCGGGCGCGUCCAAAGCCGGGCGCGCCGGGGCAGAGGAUGAUCAAGACGGCCAUCGCGCUCAUGGUGAAAGUGCAAAUGGCAAUGCGCCGCCGGGAGCUCGCAGAAGCGCGCCAACAUGAGGAUGCCACCGCCGCCGCCGCGCAGCCGCCCCCGCCGACGCAGCAGAAGCACACCAGCAGCCAGCUUCACCACAUGUUCUCGGAGCGGCGCCGGCGCGAGCGCCUGAACGAGAGCUUCCAGACUCUCAGAGCACUGCUCCCUCCCGGAACAAAGAAGGACAAGGCCACGGUUCUUGCAAACACGACGGAGUACAUGAACAAGCUGAUCGCCGAAGUGUCGGAGCUCGAGGAGAGGAACCGAAGGUUGGAGGCGCAGCUUGGCCUGCUGCUGCCCGGCGGCGACACCCGGCAAACGCCAAGCGACGACGACCCAUCGGAGAGAGUGGCCGUUGAUGUGACCACCGGCGCAUCGACCUCGAGCUCGUCGUCCCGUCAGCCUCAUCAGGAGGUGAGCAUUAGGGUGACGGUGCGGACUGAGUGCGAUCUGUCGGAGGUUGUGGUCGCCAUGAUCGCCCGGAUCAAGGAGAUGGGGCGCUUCACCGUGGUGACCGUCGAUGCUCGGCAGCGGAGCAGCGCCCAUGUACAAGUCGGCAUCAUAUUGCGAGCCACGGGUGGCAACGACGAGCUCGACGAGACAUCCCUCAAGGAAGCUGUGGCGAAGGCUGUCGAGGAUGCGGUGGCACGACCUCCAUCGCCGCCGCCGUAGGCUGGGGCCCCGGGAGGGCCGCCGCGCCGGAGCUUUUUCUACCUCGACUAGCACAUCAGUUUUGACCGGAUCUGGGCAAGGGAAAGACUAGUAGCUAGUACUGGCGGUAGCGAUCUGUCUGUUUCAAUUUUGUAGUCAUUUUUUCCCUGUCUUGUGCUCCUUUAGGUACGAUUUGAUUUGACUAGGACUCUUUUGUUUUGGCGUUGUUGUAGUUGUAGUAGGUCAGGUCAGCCAUCAAGGGAGAGGCAAAGUACAUACCAGGACGAUUAAUUAGCCACGCAUUCACCGAUGAUGUUAGCUGGUUGUGUGCGGGGAGCGAGUAAAUUUUGCCCUUUCGCGUGAUUCACUGUUAAAUCUGCUCUAAGACAUGUAGCCUCUAGGAAUCUAUCAGAAAAUGUUUCCUCUCUCCUGACCUUAUUAACUAAACUUAGGCAAAUUCAACAGUGAAUCACAUCAGAGGUUAGAACCGUAAAGGCAAACUUUCUCUUCCAUGUAAUGCCCAAUGUUGUAAUGUUGCUUUUGAACCAGGUUUGUACCUUCUUUUAUGCAGAACUACAGCCCUAAAGACU